AUGGUGUCUGGUGUAAAAUAUCAGCUAGAUAUGCAAUCUAUAGAAGAUUUUUAUGUGGUACAAGGCGGCUACUACUGACUCAAUGUCUACAAACCCACGCGCCUGCUAAGCUUCAUAACAGAGGAGGGGUACAACUACAAAGUGCUAAGACGAAUUUUAUAGCUUUACUUUUCAAAGGCCUCACGACAAAUAUUUCUACUCUUAAAAUAGUCGGUGGUUAUUUUCAGUCAGAAUAUUGUAUUAUAUUGUUUCCUUUACACAACAAGGAAUUUGCUACUGAUCUUCCUCUUACUGAUUCAGUGAACCGUUUUUUUUCCGCGUACAAGAAAAUUCAAUUUUCUAUUCUCAAAUUCUUAAAAGGGAGGAGACACUGGCAAGGGAUUUUUGUGGUACUUAAAAUAAAUCAAAGUUAAGAUCCAUCAAUCAGAUGGAGCUUGCUGGGUCAGUUAUAGAACUUGUAAACAAGUUAUGGACUCCAGUAGGAACCCGCUGGGAAUAUCAUAGACACAUGGACCAAUAUGUGAGUAAUUUGAGAAGGAAAGUGAAUGAACUAAACAGUCGGAAGGAAGAUGUAGCUUCAAGAUUAAGUGCAGAGCUUAUUCCAGGGAAAUUACCUAGAAAAGAGGUUGAGCUUUGGUUGCAAAAUAUAGAGACUAUCAAUGGUGAAACUUUUGCAAUUGAGCAAGAAGUUGCGAAGCGGAAAUAUCUUUCACGUGCACGCUUGGCAAAACUUGCUUUUAAGAAGAUACAAGAAGUGGAGGAUCUUCAUCAAAAGGGUGAUUUUGGUGACAGUUUGGUGAUUGAUACACCUGCAGAUGUUGGAGAGAUCUUACCUGCAACAACAUUAGUAGGUGAAACAGCGAAAAGGAAGAUGGAAGAAAUUUGGACAUGCUUGAUGGAUAAUGAUGUUAGAAAGGUUGGAAUUUAUGGCAUGGGUGGUGUUGGAAAAACAACCAUUAUGAAGCAUAUCAACAACAGACUCCAAAGAGGCCAUGACAAAUUUGAUAAUGUGAUUUGGGUGACAGUGUCAAAAGCACUAAACCUUGGGAACUUACAGAAAGACAUUGCAGCUGCAUUGAAUCAAGAUUUUGCACAAUAUGAGGAUGAAACAAGAAUGGCUGUCAAGUUAUUUGCAUGGCUGCGAGUAAAGAAAAACUGGUUGUUAAUCCUUGAUGAUAUGUGGGAAGCAUUCAAUCUUGAGGAUGUAGGAAUUCCUGAGCCUACACCUGAUAAUGGAUGCAAAUUAGUAUUGACAACUCGAUCGCUUGACAUUUGUCGGAGCAUGGAUUGCAAGGAUAUCAAAAUGGAGCUUCUUACUGAAGAGGAGGCAUGGAACUUAUUUGUGGAAAAAGUUGGAUAUCAAGUUUUUAUUACCCCAGAAUUAGAAGCAACAGCAAAACAAGUUGCUGAUGAAUGUGCCUGCUUGCCUCUUGCAAUUAUCACUAUAGCUGGUAGUAUGAAGGGCGUAGAUGACAUAUAUGAAUGGGAAAAUGCUCUAGAGGAGUUGAGGGAAUCUACAAAGGGGCUUAGUGACAUGGGUAAGGUGUUUGAGCAGCUAAAAUUUAGUUAUGCGCGUUUGAAAGAUGACAAGUUCAGGCAGUGUCUCAUAUAUUGUGCAUUAUACCCGGAAGACUUUUUGAUCAAAAGGACAGAGCUGAUAAGGCAUUUGAUUGGUGUAGGAAUAGUAGAUAAAAUGAAAAGUAGGCAAGCAGAGUUUGCCAAGGGAUAUGCUAUGCUAAACAAGCUUGAAAAUGCUUGUCUUUUGGAAAGCAUUUAUGAUAAGAAAUAUGUGAAGAUGCAUGACCUAAUUAGGGACAUGGUAAUUCAAAUGAAAAGCAUGGAUCAUCAAUUCCUUGUAGAAGCUGGAGUUCGGUUAAGAGAAUUGCCAAAUGAGGACAGAUGGAUGGAGGAACUUGAGAGCGUAUCCUUGAUUGACAAUCACAUAUCAGAAAUUCCUUCUAGAUUGUCACCAAAAUGUCCAAAACUUCAAACCAUGUUACUGGCACAGAAUAAAGAUCUGGUUAGAAUUCCAGAUUCUUUCUUUUCAUGCAUGCAUGUUUUGAGGCUUCUAGAUCUUUCUUAUACUGGAAUUAAGAAUUUACCAAACUCCAUCUCCACAUUGGUGAAUCUUGUUGCAUUAUAUCUUAAGCAUUGCAAACUAUUGCAGUCCGUGCCUUCUGUAGCAAAGCUAGGUGCACUAAGGGAGUUGGAUCUCAGAUAUACUGGAAUCCAACAUGUACCUGAAGGCAUGGAAAGUUUGAUCAAUCUCAGGUAUCUUAAUCUCUAUGUGCAAGAUCUAGAGUUACCAAUCGGAAUAUUACCAAAACUCUCUUGCCUUGAAUACUUGCGACUGUGGUGGAGAUCAAAAAAUUUGAAAGUAAAAGGUGAGGAAUUGGUAGGCUUGAAAAUGAUAGAAAAAAUUGAAUGUCAAUUUUACAGUUUAUCUAGUUUUAAUAUAUUUGUUGGGUCUCUGCAUGGCCGAGUCUUGAGAAAGUACUUUCUACAACUGGGAAAGGAGGACUUGCAUAAACCUGGAGACUUCAAAAAAGUUGUAAGAAUAAUUGAUUAUGGCAUCAGUGAAGAAGGCAUAGAAGAUUCACUUUUGGUCCCAAUUGAUGUUGAGUACCUGAGUAUUGAGAGGUGCCACAAUUUCAAAACAUUGAGCUAUUUUUCAACACAGAAGAAUGAAAAUCAUUUUAAUUCAGGAAAAGAGAGCUUGGCAAUGACAUCAUCUUCUUUGCAUGCUACACCACAAUCAGUUCUUCCUAGUGCCUUUUCCAGUCUCACAGUUCUCAAAAUCCAAGGUUGUUCAAAUAUAAGGAGUCUGUUCAAACCUGGGUUGCUUCUACUACUUCAAAACCUUGAAGAGGUUCUUAUUUAUGACUGCCCACAAAUGAAGCAGUUUUUAGCAGCUACAACAACGGAUGAGCAGGAAGCAAGCAGCAGCAACCAUUUACCAAUGGAAAAUAAAGAUAUUGCCAUGAGGUUUGUUCUCCCCAACUUGAGGAGUCUCUCUUUGUGUAAGCUACCAGAAUUAAAGAGCAUCUGUCUGGGGUUGGUGCUUUGUCCUUCUCUCCUUUACAUGACAAUUAGUGGAUGUCCAAAUAUAAGAAGGCUCCCGCUUGAGCUUCCAAUUGUUGAUGGUGAAGCAUUUCCUCCACCUAAUCUCGAACAGAUCUAUGUUCAAGAUGAAAAAUGGUGGGAAUCACUGGAAUGGGAUCAACCUGGCUCUAAGAUUGCCCUUCAACCUUUCUGCAAAUUUCUAUAUAAUUAAUGCAAUCUGACAAGGAUAAGCUGUUCAAGGAUCUGCAAAUGCUCAGGCAAGCAUUAUUUUCUAGCUAGGCUAUACUAUUAUCUAUCCUUAAAAGGCUCAAAGCUCACGAGGAGCUUGUUUGGGGUAAAUGAAUUCCAUAAAAUUGUAUGGAAUUCAUUUAUAAAUCCCAUUUUUCAUGUUUGGUAUAAAUAAAAAUACAUUUGAAGUUCCAUAUGUUUAAUUCUA